AUGGAGAGUUGGCUAAAACGAUCUGGAGCGUCAGGAUUGCAUAACUUGGAGCUUGCCGACUUCCCCGAUACUGGGCGCGGUGUCAAAACGCUGCGGCGAUUCAAACAAGGAGAAAAUAUUUUCACCAUACCCCAUAGCGUCCUCUGGACAGUUAAACACGCGAAUGAUGAUCCUCUUCUUGGGCCAGUGCUGCUCUCCGUGCAGCCAUCAUUGUCUAUCGAUGACACUCUAAUCACGUACAUUCUCUUUGUCAGAUCGCGCACAUCGGGAUAUGAUGACCGUCAAAGUCAUAUAGCAGCGCUGCCUACGAGCUAUUCGUCGAGCAUCUUUUUCUCAGAGAAAGAAUUGAAUGUUUGCUCAGGAAGUUCGCUUCAUGCUACCACAAAACAUCUGAUUCAACAGAUCGAGCUUGACUACAAGGAAUUGGUCGCACGACUGUUUGAUCGACAUCAAGAUUUGUUCCCACGCAACAAAUUCACCAUCGACGAUUACAAAUGGGCGCUCUGCACCGUGUGGAGUCGUGCUAUGGACUUCAGACUGCAUGACGGGGCGUCGAUCCGACUUUUGGCGCCCUUCGCAGACAUGUUGAAUCACACUGCCGAUGUAGUGCAGUGCCAUACCUACGAUCCAUCGUCAGGUAAUCUUUCCGUCCUAGCCGGAAAGAUUUACGAUACAGGAGACCAAGUUUUCAUAAAUUAUGGCCCCGUUUCUAACAAUCGGCUCUGUCGUCUCUACGGCUUCGCCAUACCCGAUAAUCGUAACGACAGCUAUGAUCUCGUUCUUGCAACGCACCACAUGGCACCAUUCUUUAUGCAAAAGGAGAAACUCUGGGUCUCAUCCGGGCUUGAAGCUAACACUACUAUCACUCUGACUCUCGCUGAGCCGCUACCAGAUAGCGUUCUUCGUUACCUUCGGAUUCAACGACUUGAUGCAGCAGAAAUUGCUGCCAUGUUAUCGCACGAAAAUGAUGCUGCAUCCAAGAUGGUUAGCCACUCAAAUGAAUACGAAAUUCUUACAUUCUUAGUGCAAGCAAUCUCUGGGCUUCUAAAUAGCUUUGAACCUCCGUUAGAGAAGCUGGAAAUGCAACUUGCUGAAGGAUUAUACACCGCGGGCAGCAAUUCAUGGUCGGCCGCACACGUCAGUCUGGGCGAACAGCGAGUACUGAGAUCGACGAAAACGAAAGCCCAAAGUUUCUUGACGACGUUGGAGAGCAGAAAUGGGGAAACGGGAGACUUGUCAUCGGCAUCAGCCCAGUGUGCCAAGUGCAAACAAAAGGCUGCGCAGCUAAUGCGGUGCGGUAGGUGCAAGGGAGUUCAGUAUUGCGGGCGGCCUUGUCAGGUCGCCCACUACAAGGAGCACAAGUCGUUUUGUCAAGCUGCAUCAAUCAGAGCAUAG